CGGCAAAACCAAAUAUGGCGGAUUUAUCUGUAGCUAAAAAGAGUGACCUUGAAUCAUUCAAGAACAAUGCCAAUGAUGUCAUCUAUUUUAAGCUAGGCAGAAAAGAGGAAGACAUUGAAGAUGAGAGUAAAAAUUUUCAUCCAGACAUGUCUCAUCAAUUGUUUGGAGAUUCAGAAUUGAUAUUUGGUUAUAAAAAUUUGAAUGUUCACAUAUACUACACUGCAGCCAGACUUAUUCCUUAUCUAAACAUCUCUUACAGUGAAUCAUGUCAUGAGGAUCAGCAUGGUAUUAAGCCUGAUGAUGUAGAAAAGAGUUUAUCGAACGAACUUCCUCCAAAUUAUUUUACGAACCUUGACACAUUUAGAGUCGCAUUAUCAGAGGAUGUCAACUUCAGACCGUUUGGUCAUAUGGUUGAUUCAUACACAUUGACACCAAAGAAUUCAGAAGAAAAACAUUUUGAAGUUUACUAUGUCAAGAUUGAGGAACCAGGAUUUCGAGAUUUCCAUGUGAAGCUCCAGUCUUUCAUUAAAUUCUAUAUCGAUGCUGCCUCUUACAUUGAUGUGGAUGAUCAACAGUGGGAUUUCUUUCUUGUAUUUGAGAAAUACAAAGAGAAUGGUGAGCAUAAGUAUGCUACAGCCGGAUAUAUGACUGUAUAUAACUUAAAUAUACCAUUCUUGAGAAAUAGACGCACUUACAAAAAGCUAGAAAAGAGCCUUAGUGAUGAAGAAUUGUCUCAGACUUUAGGGUUGAUGAAGAAGGAACAGAAAUUCCAGUAUUUGGAGAAUGCAUUUCAAGAAGAAUUGAACUCAUAUCAACAUGUUCUGGACAGAUUGUCAACCUUUCAGUAA